CUUCCUACGCCCUCCUUUCCUGGGUUAUGUGUUAUCUGGGUGCCAAGGAGUUCUCCCUUUCCUCCUCUUCCCUAGACUAUUGUUGCAUUACCAAGGAGGGCAGAAGGAGCCCCACUUUCUCUUGGAGUUGGUUCUCCAGGAACUGAAGGGUCAUCUCUGCAUCCUACACCCUCCUUUCCUGGGUUAUGUGUUAACUGGGUGCCAAGGAGUUCUCCCUUUCCUCCUCCCUGGACUAUUGUUACAGAAGGAGCCCUUCUUUUUUGAGUUGGUUCUCCAGAAACUGGAGUUGGUUCUUCAGGAACUGAAGACUCCUUUCCUCUGCCUCCAGUGCCCUCAUUGGGAUGAUGUGUUAAGCUAUCCCUUGCUGUCACUUCCUUUCACCCUUCUCUCACCCUUCUUCACAUUCUGCUUGGGAAAGGACAAGAAGAGAGGAAGCCAGGCUCAUUCCCAGAGCCGGAGAGGGCCACCCCAUGUCUGCCCAGACUUGCUUCCUCCAUCCCAGAGGCAGGCCGGCCUCCCAGAGGGGCAAAGGGGGGAUGCCCUCUUCUUCCCCUGGGGCCAUUGCCUGGGCCGGUCCAAGGCCAGACCCCCAGGGUCCCUGCUUGUGAUGCCCAAGGAUCCUUUGGGCCCCCACCGGCCUCCCCCUACCCAGCAUGAAGGUCUUCCGCCGGAAGGCGCUGGUGCUCUGCUUGGGCUAUGCGCUGCUCCUGCUCCUCACCAUGCUCAACCUGUUGGACUACAAGUGGCACAAGGGGCCUCAGCAGUGCAGCGAGCCCUCUCCUGCCCGGCGCACACCUUAUCCACAGCAGAUGUCCUUCUAUGCCUAUCAGUCCCGGUCAGACACUCGGGCCCUCUAUGGCCCUCCUGCGCCCCUCGCCCGCAAGCGACAACUGGUCUAUGUCUUCACCACCUGGCGCUCGGGGUCAUCCUUCUUCGGGGAGCUCUUCAACCAGAAUCCGGAGGUCUUCUUCCUCUAUGAGCCGGUGUGGCAUGUGUGGCAGAAGCUGUACCCGGGUGAUGCUGUUUCCUUGCAAGGGGCAGCCCGGGACAUGUUGAGUUCCCUCUACCGUUGUGACCUUUCCGUCUUCCAGCUCUACAGCACGGCCGGGGCAGGCAAGAACCUCACCACCUUGGGCAUCUUUGGGGCAGCCACCAACAAGGUGAUCUGCUCAUCGCCUCUCUGCCCAGCCUACCGCAAGGAUGUGGUGGGCAUGGUGGAUGACAAGGUGUGCAAGAAGUGCCCGCCACAGCAGCUGGGCCUGCUUCAGGAGGAGUGCCUUAAAUACCACACCUUAGUCAUAAAGGGAGUGAGGGUCUUUGACAUUGGAGUACUGGCUUCACUGAUGCAAGACCCCUCCUUGGCUCUCAAAGUCAUCCACCUGGUCCGGGACCCUCGGGCUGUGGCAAGCUCCAGGAUCAAAUCCCGCCACGGUCUCAUUCGGGAAAGCCUGCAGGUGGUAAGGAGCAGGGACCCCCGUAUCCAUCGCAUGCCUUUCCUGGAUGCAGGCCACAAACUCAAUAGCAAAAAAGAAGGGGGAGGGGGCUCAGACUACCAUGCCUUAGGGGCCAUGGAAGUGAUCUGCGGGAGCAUGGCAAGGACCUUGCAGACCGCUUUGCGCCCUCCAGACUGGCUGAAAGGCAAUUAUAUGGCCGUCCGCUAUGAAGACUUGGUAGUGGACCCCAUCAAGACUUUGCGGCAGGUGUACGGCUUUGUCAACCUGAUGGUGAGCCCAGAGAUGGAGAAGUUUGCCCUCAACAUGACCAGUGGGUCUGGAUACUCCUCCAAACCCUUUGUGGUCUCUGCCAGGAAUGCUAGCCAGGCCGUGAAUGCCUGGAGGACAGCACUGAGCUUUCAGCAGAUCAAGCAAGUGGAGGAGUAUUGCCACCAGCCCAUGGCCAUUUUAGGAUACGAGAGAGUCAACAGCCCAGAAGAAGUCAAAGACCUUAGCAAAACUUUGCUGAGGAAGCCAAGAUUGUGAAAGUCAAGAGAACAAUCUGUAACUUUGCAGACAAUUAUGUUUGUUUCAUAGGAAAAAAAAAGUGGCACUUUCUUAAGGACAGCCGAGGAAAAAGGUUUUGAUCUUCCAGAGACUAGUAAGGAUCAGAUCAUGUUUUUUUAAUUGCUGGGUGAUGCGUGAUGUAACACACAGAGACUUCAGUAAGUAACUUAUAAGACCUUUUUUUCUCCCCAAAAUGCAAGGCACGUAAUUCAGUAUGUAUCCAAAUUUUUGCAUACAUGUUGUGAUAGAAAUCAUGAAGGAUUUGCACAAUUGGCUAGGCUUUUUUUUUUAAUGUGGGAGUGGGAGAUUGAGAGGAAUAUUCCACAAAUUAAAAUUCAGAGGUCUGGACUUUUGUAUAAAUAUUUCAAUGUGCUAUGAAUAAAGAAAUGAAUAAAAGGUACUCAUUUUACAA